GUCAAGUGCCAGUGCUAAGUACCAGUAGUACACGAUCUGCAACCUCAAAACAUGUGCUACCGGACGACGCGCCAACGACCGUCGCGCUCACAUGACCGCGUCACGGCAAAUCCUCGACGCUGAGCUCCGCGCCGCGACUCUUUUGCGCCGGCGACGCCGCACCUCUCCGAGUCAUUAGCCUGUGUGCUUUCGAGCGGAAACGGAGUUUACUACCAUGGCGAUCAUGACGAGUCCUACGUCCGCCAACAUCCCGCUCGACGUUCUCAAAGAGGUCAUGAUGCACGGCAUAAUCUACGGGAUGAUGGUAUCGGACGAUCAAGAAGCCCGCGUCCUCCUCCGGAUGAACGCAUCCGCAGUGUGCCGCCAAUGGAAGGCUCUGGUGGACAACACUUCCAUUUUCUGGUCACUUGUCUGGGUCCCACUUGACCCACCCCCUCCCGAUGAAUCAUUGAGGAAAGCAUUGGCGCGGUCCGGGACACAGCCCUUGGACAUCAUCGUCCAGACUGGGUCCUGUGCAGAAAACGAAGAGUUCGUGUUGGCCUAUGAGGUCAUGAAGUCACUGCUUAGUCCACAUAUGCAGAGGUGGAAGCGCGUCCAGCUUGAUCUCCACGACUGGGAGAAUGUCGGGGCUGUUGUCAGUACGUGGGAAGGAGCUGCUGUCUUGCUGGAGGAAUUAUCUCUCAGCAGUGAAUCCGCCGACGACUUGCACGAGACCAGCCUGUGCUUGCACCCGAAAUUCACGGCACCCAGGCUUCGCACCUUUACGCUUCAUGACAUAUCCUACAUGGCAGGUGGCAAGACGUUGCACAUGCAUUUCCCCUCAUUAGGCAAGCUAUCGCUCGUGCGCAGCUGCUUUGACGAAGCCAUAGGGAUCGGCAACUGGCCCAAGCUGAUGCAGAUCCUGAAAAGUCUGACAUAUCUGCACUCCCUCAGUCUUACCCCCGACUGCGGUGGCUACGAUGAUGAAGACGAGGAAGACGAGGAAGACGAAGAGGACGAGGACGAGGACGAAGACACGGAUAGGGAUGUGGUCCGCGGCUCCGGCUCCCGUCCUUCUCUGGAAUCCCUGGAACAUCUUGCCAUACGGGACAUGUCACCUCCUGGCAUCAACAAACUCCUCGCCGCUUUCACCGCUCCUCGCCUGACCCACAUAGAGAUCGCCAACAUUCAGUCCACUCCCAGCCUCAAUGACGAAGAUGAUUACCUCGAGGAGACCAAGGCACUGCUGACGCACUUCCCGGCUCUGCACACCCUCACAUUUGAAGAGCAUGACGGACUCGGACCCCGUUGUUUGGACAUAGACGAACUACAGAACUUGGCCGAGGGCUUUGAGCAUCUCAACCUGGUGCGAGACGACCUCGGACCUUUGCUCGAGUCGUUGACGAAGCAGGUUGCGGCGCAAUCCCAGUGGCCGUUCCCUAGGUCCGCGGUUAUACAAUUCGAGGGCGAGGUUCCGGUGGCUGCGCUGCGCGAGCUGGUGGAAGCAUGCGCUGUCGCCGGCCAUGCCAUCGAAAGCGUUGUGAUCGUCCAAAGCGCAUCGGAAUGCCCAGGGGACGAUAGUAGCUGGUUCAAGAGCAAGCUACAGAAGUUCAGCUGGACGACCAUGUCCAACCCGGAUGGGAUAGUAGACAAGGGUUCUUUGGCAUUUCUCGUUCACGGUUAGUGAGUCUGCUAGCUUCUUGUUCUGACGCGCGGACAACUCGUGUAAUGUAUAUGACGUCUUUCAGAGGUCAACUUUGCGCCGUCUUCUCCAGCAACCAUCGAAUGCCUUCCCUCAUGUCCCGGUCGUGUUUGACUGCUUGAGACAAGGUGGGGUGCAUAGCCGCGAAAAUGUGCGGCACCCCAGGAUAUCUGCGCGGAAGUCAACCUUUACGUCAGAGCAACUCUGACAGCGACUCACAUAUCGAUCUUCGUAUCCGCCCCAGCUUCGCGGAGCACCUUCUCGUAUAGCAGACAUUCGUCCCGGACAGGGUCCCAUCCACAUACUUGCAUAUACAGCGGCGGAAGGCCUGCGUGCGACGGAUAGAGCAGAGGAGAGCACUCUGGGUUGUACGGUUCCGCCUGAUAUGC